UGCUUUAUUUUUGUUCUCCAAUAUUCUCUUCUUGCUCACUACCCUUUAUUGCCUUCAUUUUCCCUCUCUCUCUCCUACACACACACACACAAAAUCUCUCUCUAGAUCUCUUGUAGCUCCUCCUCCUCCUCUAUAUUCAUUUGAUGUGAUUCUCCACUAAACCUCCAAAGGGCUUUAGAAAAAGAGAAAGCAGCAAGAUCUAAGUAACAGCCAUGGUUUUUUCAUCCCUCCCACCUUAUCUUGAUCCAUCCAAUUGGCACCAGCCUCAGAAUCAUCAUCAAAUAAUUGCAAGCAGCAGCAGCAACAGCAGCCCAAACCCUAGGCUCCCGGCGGCGGCGGCGCCGCCCCAAUUACCCUCCCAUGGCGGAUCUGUCCGGCCCGGCGGGGGAUCCAUGUCGGAACGUGCUCGUCUGGCUAACAUCCCAAUGCCCGAAGCAGCUCUUAAAUGCCCCCGCUGCGAAUCCACCAACACCAAGUUCUGCUACUUCAACAACUACAGCCUCACUCAGCCGCGCCACUUCUGCAAGACCUGCCGCCGCUACUGGACCAGAGGCGGCGCCUUGAGGAACGUCCCCGUCGGCGGCGGCUGCCGGAGGAACAGACGGACCAAGUCAAAGUCUCCGGCCAGCGUCGCCACGCCGUCGGCCACGACCCCUCCCGCCCUAGGCCUCUCGCCGCCGCAAUUCCCGCCGCUGCGGUUCACCUCUCAGUUAAGCCAAUUCAGCGACAGUCUCACCGGCGAUUUAGGCCUGAGCUACGGCGAGAUUUCAGCUCCGGCGAGCUUUAACGACGCCGGAUUUCCUUUACCGGGCAACAGUAAUUUCCUCGAUCCCUGGCGGCAGCAGCAACAGCAAUUCCCAAUCCUAAGCGGAUUGGAUCCAUCAUCUCUAGGAUUUUAUCAAUUCCAUCACGGCGGCGAAUUAGGGUUCAUCGACGGCGGUGAGAGCCGCCCAAAACUUUCCGGCACGCUGCUUACACAGCUAGCUUCUGUGAAAAUGGAGGAACACCCAAUCCAGCAGCUGGGCCUGGGAGCAAUGGCGCCGCCAUUAACAGCGGAUCACCACCACUGGAAUGCGAAUCUUAAUGGUGCCUGGACUGAACUUUCAGGUUUGAGUUCUUCUUCAGUUCAACCAUCAGCAACCCAUUGCAGCAGUGAUUGAACUACAGAGGACACUUUGGGAAGAUGAAAUCAACCCCCAAUUUGCUAGGGCAUAAAUUGCAUUGGUAGAAUUUUACCCCUGUGUUCAUCUUCCAUUUCCCCAAUUAUCAAAAUCUUAUUUAUUUAUCUAAAAUUAAUGUGGCUGAUAUGAUAUGAUAUAGCUAGAAAUAGAUAGGUGUAGGGGUGAGGCUAAUUUUCUAGUUGUAGGAUUGUUUUGGUUUUUAGUUUGUAUGUUUUGCCAUUGUGCAUGGUAGCUUUGAUCAGUGUAUGUGAGUGUUUUAAUUUAUUUUUUUUAAUAGACGAAGUUAAUGGAAUUGUUCUCUUUGAAU